UGCGGUCCUGCUGCGGGACUGUGGCGCGGCCUUCCAGGGGGUGCCGGGAGUUGUAGUGACUGCCACGGAGUGAUGCACGCCGGGAAUUGUGGUUCCAGGGAGGGGCGGUUGGCCCAGACCCGGCUCCUGCCUCACCCGUAUGGCUGCUGCGACACGCGGCUGCCGGCCCUGGGGCUCGCUCCUCGGGUUGCUGGGGUUGGUCUCGGCCGCAGGCGCCGCCUGGGACCUGACUUCGCUGCAUUGCCACUUCGGCGCCUUCUGCGAAUGUGACUUCCAGCCCGACUUCCAGGGUCUGGAGUGUGACCUGGCCCAGCACCUUGCUGGCCAGCACUUGGCCAAGGCUCUGGUGGUGAAGGCAGUGAAGGCCUUUGUGCAGGAUCCAGCCCCCAGCAAGCCACUGGUCCUCUCCCUGCAUGGCUGGACAGGCACUGGCAAGUCCUACGUCAGCUCCCUGCUGGCACGCUACCUCUUCCGGGGUGGCCUCCGCAGCCCUCAUGUACACCACUUUUCCCCCGUCAUCCACUUCCCCCACCCAAGCCACAUGGAGCGCUACAAGAAGGAUCUUAAGAGCUGGGUCCAGGGGAACCUCACUGCCUGCAGCCGUUCCCUCUUCCUCUUUGACGAGAUGGACAAGAUGGCCCCAGGCCUGAUGGAGGUCCUGCGGCCUUUCCUGGGCUCCUCUUGGGUCGUGUUCGGGACCAACUACCGCAGAGCCAUCUUCAUCUUCAUCAGCAAUACUGGUGGUGAGCAGAUCAACCAGGUGGCACUGGAGGCGUGGCGCAGUCGCCGGGACCGCGAGGAGAUCCGCCUACAGGAGCUGGAGCGGGUCGUCUCCCAGGCUGUGCUGGACAGCCCGCACCAUGGCUUCUGGCGCUCAGGCAUCAUGGAAGAGCAUCUCCUAGACGUUCUGGUGCCUUUCCUACCGCUGCAGCGGCACCACGUGCGGCACUGCGUGCUCAACGAGCUGGCGCAGCUGGGCCUGGAGCCAAGGGAUGAGGUGGUCCAGGCUGUGCUGGACAGCACCACCUUCUUCCCUGAGGACGAGCAGCUCUUCUCCUCCAACGGCUGCAAAACUGUGGCUUCCAGAAUUGCCUUCUUCCUCUGACUCUCUAGAUGGCACCCUUGCCCUCCCGGCCAGCCUGUGCAGGAAAGCCCUGGGGCCUCCGCAGUAGGGAUCCUUUUCCUGAGCCGCCUGGAGAGUGAGCCCCAGAGCCCAAAGUGAAGAGGAGGCGGCGUGCUGGCCAGGAACAGGGGCCAGGGAGCCAGGGGGCCAGGGGGCCAGGGGGCCAGGGCAGGCCCUGGCCUCUUAACUGGUUCCAGGGCAUCUUGGCCUUUGCUUCCUUCCCUGGGGAAAUCAUUGGUGACCCCAGAACUUCAGUGAGCCUUGCCCUUGCUCUCCAGCUUGAGCCUUCUUAAAAUGUGAAUUGUAACUCAGGGACUGUGGCUCGUGGCUGCCCCCUCCCUCUUCAGUCUUACUCUUGGCCCCUUGGUCUGGCACCACAGUCUCAAUGCUCCACUCCACACCCUGUGUCCCCGUACAUAAAGCCAGGCUGAGAAUUCCGUCUCUGUGAACAGAGGGACUCAAGCUGCCACUUGGGCCUAGUUUUUAAAGUUUUUAAUUUUAUAAGAGAACAAACACAAUAAACUUAGCCAUGGGACCAGA